CUAAUGUAAACAAUAACAAAGACUACAUGAACUGUUUUAGCAACAUAUUUACUGCAUACACUGCAAAAUCUGAGAGGAAGUAAUUGCCUUUUUUUCUUCUUGUGCAAACGUGAAUCAACAGUUCUGUUAUCAGGAAGUCGCAUAUUCCAGUGAAGGGUGUAACUCAGUUGAUUGUACCCCCACACCCUUGUCCUCAGUGUUUUUGCGGUUAUUCAUAUUUGAUAGUGGCUGAAAAUUUCAAAGACACCUCCAUAUUUCUCCGUGGUCCGUUCUCUUGUUUUCUACUUUAGGAUUAAUUUCCUUGAUCCUUGUUUUUAAGUCUUGGUCAGGAUGCAUGUACUGCUUCUAAAAGAGCCAAGAGAAGGGGAGUCAGGACAUGAUCCUUACAUUAAGGAGCUGGCAUCUCAUGGACAUAAAGCAACCCUUAUUGCAGUGCUGUCUUUUAAGUUUGUUUCAUUAAACAACUUAUCAGAUAAGCUUUUCCAACCAGAAAAACAUGGGGGUCUUAUAUUCACCAGUCCAAGAGCAGUUGAAGCUGUGAAGAUGUGUUUAGAGGCUGAAGGAAGAAGUGAAGAAUGGAACAGCUCAGUGAAGGACAAGUGGAACAUGAAGUCAAUCUAUGUGGUUGGGAAAGCAACCGCUGCAUUAGUACAAAAUCUGGGCCUGAACCCUCUGGGCGAGGACACGGGGACGGCAGAUGUCCUAUCACGUGUCAUCAUUGAACGAGAGGACACAAAUAUCCCCCCACUUUUUUUCCCCUGUGGCUCCAUUAAAAGAGAAGUGUUGCCUACGGCUUUAAGGGAAAAUGGAGUUCCUCUGGAGACGCUGACUGUCUAUCAAACUGCUGAACACCCAGAUCUGGAGAAAAAUCUCAAGAACUAUUUCAGAGAGCAGGGCGCACCAGCUAGUGUGGCUUUCUUCAGUCCUUCAGGUGUGAAGUUUUGCCUGGAUGUGGUGCGCCGGCUGUCAGGUGAACAGCUGACUCAGAUAAAGUUUGGAGCCAUAGGGCCCACUACAAGAGACGCCAUGACAGCAGAAGGCCUGUGUGUCAGCUGUACUGCAGAAAAACCAACUCCAGAGCACCUGGCUGCGGCAAUAGCUGAAGCUCUGCAAGCACCAUCGACAUGCUCUUAAAUCUGUCCACUUUGUCUUUGUUCUGUGUAUAAUCUGUUUACUUUAUGUUUUGACAUUUGCUGUUUUAUUUCAUGGAUGAUCUUUUGCGUGUACAUAAGCUUAUUUGCACUUAAAUGUAGCUUUCUUUGACAGAAAAGCUUAAAAAUGUGAUUUAAUAUAAUUCUUUAUGGCUGCUCAAGGAAGUUGAGGAUGCUGUGUUUGAUUUUGAAAAUAAACUUCAGGCAGUGUGAUGAUGUGGA